GUAAACACGGAGUUGGAGUUAUAUCUCCUGGACUGAUAGAUGGCGCUGACUACGUUGAUUGCCAAUCAAACCUCACAGCGUAUAUUGGCGGAAUAUUCGCCUGUUGCUUACAACAUUUGCGCCAAAUCACUUUGUGUACACAGUUGCAGGAAGGACAUAGGUUCAUGUACAAACCUCAGGAUGUUGGGUUCCGAACAAAUAAAAAGGAUCACAGAGAAAGUUUUUCAAGAUGAAAAUAUUCGAAGGAUUUUACCGAAAGGAAGAUUAUUCACAGUGUCUGUGGAGGGAAAUAUUGGGAGUGGGAAGACAACUCUUCUGGAAUAUUUUAAAAAUUCGCCAAAUGUAGAGGCAGUAAGAGAACCAGUGGAGCAGUGGACUAAUGUACAGGGACAUAAUGCACUGAAACUGCUUUAUGAAGAUCCUAAGAGAUGGAGUUUCACGUUUAACCUGUAUGCCCAACUGACAAGAAUCCAGAUGCAUGCCAAACAAACUGAGAAGCCAGUCAAAUUAUUAGAAAGGUCCCUUCACAGUACAAGAUACUGCUUUGUGGAAAACUGUUACAGAGAGCAGGUGAUUAAUGGUUUAGAGUAUACAAUACUUAAUCAAUGGUUUGACUACUUGACAAAGAAAGACAAUACUGGAUUGGACUUAAUAGUGUAUCUGCGGGCAGAUCCAGAUGUGUGUUAUGAAAGAAUCAAGAAGAGAGACAGGAAGGAGGAGGCAUCAGUACCAAUGAAUUUAAUACAGGACCUACAUGAUCUCCAUGAGGAAUGGUUAGUUCAGCAGAAAUACUACAAAGCUCCUGCACCUGUUCUGGUGUUAGAUGCAAAUUGUGAAUACCGUAAAAUGACAGAGCUGUAUGAGACUAGGCGAGAGGAAAUCCUAUGUGGUUAUGUAUGAUGACGUCUUCAGGAUAGAUUCGCUCUGUGGAUAUAAGGCUGUACUUCCUAUUCUAAGGCAGCCCUGGAGCGGAAUGGAAAAGAGAGUUCUUAGACUGUAUACUGAAUGGAAUGGAUGAGUGCCAAAAUCGGAGUAUGUAUAAAUGCAAGAUACACUGGAAAGGAUCUCAGAAUGUGCUGGUCAGAGUUGUGUAGUAAAGGGACAAAAGUGGUGGUGUACAAUAGUUGGAAAAUGAAAGAAGA